AUGGCAUCUUCGGGGCGAACGAUGGACCCGUACACCAUGUACCCGGAGGAUGUGACCAUUCCGAGUGAAGAGAUGGGUGAAUUCUAUGCCAAGAUGGGCUUCCAAGGGGUGCGCCCUGAUGAGGCGGGCAAAGCCUUCCACAUCAGCUGCAUGUUCCCAGUGAGCGACUUGGCUCAGAUCCCCGACCCACUGGAUGAUCGAAAUUGGAACUGGCACGAGUCCGACAAAUACAUCAACGCCAUCCUGCGCGCCGGUCUGGCGUCGUUCCUGAAGAUCCCAGUGUUGUCUUGGCAGUCCACGCGUCUCACAGGGCUUGCCUACUGGGACGAGACUUUGCAAGAGACAGUGCAGAAGAUCCCUCCGGUGAACUAUGACAACUGCGCCCCCUGGCCCAGCGUCUCUGGCGUGAUCAACCAGGUUGGCCCUCAGCUGGUCAUGAAGAUUGUGGAGCGUUACAAUGACUUCAACAAAUUCCCCGUGCCCGGUCGUCCUGGCCAGGGUGCAUUGGUCCAUCCGGUGGUAAAACCGGAUUCCUUGUUCAGUCUCCAAUCGGCUGCGAUCGGUCCCGGCCAGAUGCACCAGGCGAAAUCAGACAAAGGCACCUUCAAAGGCUUCAAUGGCGUGGAGCUCAUGAACGAGUGGCAGAUGAUGACCUGCUUCCCCAGCAGCGUUUUCAUUCCGGGCUCCUCCUUGUGCGAUCAGGAGGUGACCGAUCAGAUUUAUGCCGAUUACUGCUUCGCGAAGCCCUACCAGUGGAGCUCCCGCUAUUGGGACGGCACUCCGGAGGCUGCCUGGGCCUUCUAUGCCAACAGUGCCAAGGCGUUGAAGGAGAACCCCAAGACCCAGAAGGUCCGCGUGGGAGGCCCUGCGACUGGAACCAGUUCAUCCUUUUGGCCUUGCCAGGUGUUCGAAGGCAUCGCGAAGAAAUGGGUGGUGGGCUUUCUAAACGAAAUCAAACGUGUUGGAGCCCCGUUGGACUUCUUCAGCUUCCACUACUACGAUCAGGGCCAAGGUCAGAACAGCUCAAUGCCCUUGACGGUGCCCAUUGAGAAGUUCCGGACCUUGUUGGACCAGAUGGGAUUCACUGAGACGGUCUUAGCCAUCACUGAGAAGGCGGGCUCACGGGUGGCACAGGGAAGGGUCGAGGCUUAUCGACUGGAGGGCGGGUUUAUGAUGCCCAUCCACCACCUCCACAGGAUUUGGGCACUGGAGGCCUACGGGGACAUGACCUCCAAGAGCUGUUUGGCAAUGGUGGUCAUGGUGUAG